CUUUACUUGCAUAUUAUUGAUAGAGUGAAAAAAUAAUUAAAAUUGCCUAUUUACCUAAAGAAAAUGUUAACUAUAACUAAAAUUCUGAUUUUUGUGUGUUUCAAAGAUGUUGUAUUCCCAUUAUUACCUCGAAUGAUCUUUGGAAUGUAUUAUAACAUGUCUUUGAUACCAGGCUGUUACAAAAGUGGUUUAUUCCAUGCUUUUUCUAAACAUGUUUUACAUAAAUUAAAUAUUAAGCAAGAUGAAUAUUCUGGAAAGAAAAUUAUAAUUACGUUAUUGUCAAGAGCAACGACUUUCAGACAGAUAUUGAAUGAAAAUGAAGUAAGUUUAUUUAAUUUUUAACAAUAAUAACUGUUCUUAUAAACUUGUUUUUUAUUUAGCUCAAUUGGGAUUAACAUGCAUUCAAAGUCCUU